GAGUGGGGAGAGAGAGAGGUAAUCCUCAGCUCGACCACAGACGGGCAGAACGCUGGACUGAGCCGCCUCUGGAUCUGGAUGCGGGCAUCCUCGGAUUCUGCCGCCUGCUCGGGCCCACUGCGCGCAAACUUAGCGGGACAGCAAUGGUGCACGCCUCGGCGGCGCAAUCGGCGGCUCCCGGUCGUGUAGAGGAGCGGCGAAUGCGCUCAAUGUGACGCUCGGCCGCGCGCGUGGUGUCGAGUUUAUUGUUCUGGUCCGAGACGCGGAGCGACGAGUCCCCGCGAAGAUGUUGAGCCGAUUCAUGAGUGGCAGCAUCAGGAAUCUCGAGCGGGAAUACAGCUGCACCGUCAGGCUGCUGGACGACACGGAAUAUACGUGCACCAUUCAGCGCGACGCGAAGGGACAGUAUCUGUUUGACCUCAUCUGUCACCACCUCAACCUGCUGGAGAAAGACUAUUUUGGCAUCAGAUAUGUGGAUCCAGACAAGCAGCGGCACUGGCUGGAGUUCACCAAAUCCAUCGCAAAGCAAAUGAAAUCUCAGCCUCCGUUCACCAUGUGUCUGCGAGUCAAGUUCUACCCUCCCGAUCCCGCUGCUCUCAAAGAGGAGAUCACUCGAUAUCUUGUCUUCCUGCAAAUCAAGAGAGACCUGUACCACGGACGGCUCCUCUGUAAGACCUCCGACGCAGCCCUGCUGGCCGCCUACAUCCUUCAAGCUGAGAUCGGCGACUACGACCCCGGGAAGCAUCCGGAGGGCUACAGCUCCAAGUUCCAGUUCUUCCCCAAGCAUUCCGAGAAGCUGGAGCGGCGGAUCGCCGAUAUACACAAGACGGAGCUAAUCGGCCAGACUCCUGAAACAUCAGAGCGGAAUUUCCUACAGAAAGCCCAGAUGCUGGAGACAUACGGCGUCGACCCACACCCGUGCAAGGAUGUGUCCGGGAACCCGGCGUUCCUCGCCUUCACGCCGUUCGGCUUCGUCGUGCUCCAGGGGAACAAGAGGGUGCAUUUUCUCAAAUGGAACGAGGUGACCAAGCUGAAGUUCGAAGGCAAGACGUUUCACGUAUAUGCAAAUCAGAAGGAGGACGUGAAGAUGAUCUUGACUUACUUCGCACCCACGCCCGAGGCGUGCAAGCACCUCUGGAAGUGCGGCGUGGAGAACCAAGCUUUCUAUAAGCUUGAGAAGUCGAGUCAGGUGCGCACGGUGUCCAGCAGCAACCUGUUCUUCAAGGGCAGCCGCUUCCGUUACAGUGGCCGAGUGGCAAAAGAGGUGAUGGAGCAGAGUGCCAAAAUCAAACGCGAGCCUCCAGAAAUUCACAGGGCCGGCCUGGUGCCGAGCCGCAGCUGUCCGUCCAUCACGCACGGGCCUCGCCUCAGCAGCGUGCCGCGCACGCGCCGCCGGGCCGUGCACAUAUCCAUCAUGGAGGGUCUGGAGUCCCUGCGUGACAGCGCCCACUCGACACCCGUGCGCUCGGUCUCCCACGGGGAGUCCUUCAUGCCGCGCUCCCGGAGCCAGGCCACGGACGCCAGCGACGGCAUGGCGGUGAUCUCGGACGAGGCCUACAGCCCGUCCGACAGCGUCCUGCCCACGCCGGUGGCCGAGCACAGCAUGGAGCUGGCCGUGUCCCGCCAGAUCAACGGGGCGCCCUGCAGCAUUGAGGAGGAGAAGGAGUCGGAGGCGGGCACCCCCUCCCACGGGGAAGGGAGGGAUUUUGUGGAUGGUAGAUUUGCACAGGAGGGCGCAGGGGGGGACUCGGCCCUCAGCGAGGUGGAACAGGUGAAUAAGUUUGUCUUAAGUGUCCUCCGUUUGCUCCUUGUGACCAUUGGACUCCUCUUUGUCUUGCUCCUCCUCCUCAUCAUCCUCACCGAGUCAGACCUCGACAUAGCAUUUUUACGUGAUAUCCGCCAGACGCCCGAGUUUGAGCAGUUCCAUUACGAAUACUUUUGUCCCCUCAGGCGGUGGUUUGCCUGCAAGCUCCGCUGGGUGGGCGGGUUGCUCAUUAACAAGUGAGAGUGAGGUCGUAGAGUUCGUAAACCUGUCAGGGCUCUGUGAAGACGGUUAGGACUCCGGAGUGAUGGAGGGCGGCCUCGUCCCAACCAUGAACCCCGCUUCUCCCAUCAUCCUCCUGCAGACACACAGCUUGGACCACUCCUGGUAACACUGGGCCAGGAUCUCUCCUCCCCUCCUCCACUUUGAGUUAACCCCACCCACCCAAACCCCUUUCGCUUUGUUUUUCUCGUUUUUCUUCUUUUUUACGAAGCCAGAAGAUCUUUUUGUUUUGAUUUGAUUUUUUAUUUCGACUCAUUUCACGUCGUUUAUUUUUUCAAAAAAUUAAACAUUUCUUUUUAUAGGAACAGGAUAUUUUACGGCAACCCAAGAGUGUUGCUUCCUUUUGUUAUUUAUUGUUAAACCUUUAUUUGCAUAAGAAAAGAGGAGGAGAUAGUGAAUGGUAAUUGAGGAAGUUGAUUUGUUAUUAAUGGUGGAAGUGAGUUAAGUUAAAGCUGAUUGGUCGACUGCUGUGAAGUAUUUGUAAGUAGAACGUUUUUUACACUAUUUCAUACACACCACUAGACAAAAACAGCUCAGUUGGACAUGAAAAACAAUCUGAGGAGUAAUAAAAGUUUGGUGAAGGAAAAGCACACGGUGAUUAUCAAAUGCCUUUAAUGGAGCCGUCUGGUUGGUUUGUUUUAGGACACAAUUCCUCUUUAGGAGACCGUGGUGUACAAAGCAAACCGCUAACGAGCAGUGUUGUUUUUCUAACAUUUUAUAAGGACACAGUCCAGUAAACCAGUACCGAUAGUGUUAUGUGACCCAGUAGUGUCAGAUCGCUUAGAGAAAUGUCAAGCAAUGAUUCACUGGUACCAAUAGAUACUAGUCUACAUAGAUGUACAAUGCUAAUUAUAAUAAUUACAGUACAUACUUCUGAAUGUGCCCAUUUGCUCAAUUCUGUUAUUUCUCCAAUUGAUUUGAUUUUUCAUCAACUUGAAAUUCAACGAAUUUCAAAUUUUUUCUUUGUAUGAAAGAGUUUACGAUUUAUUUUCGUUUCAUCAACUCUGUUUAUGUAUUAUAUUAUAUUAUUAUUAUUAGAAUAAGAGCAAUGAUGUACUUUUUGUAAAAAUUAGUUUGUUUCCUAAUAUAUAUUGACAGGUUUUCCAUGUAUAUUUUAACAGAACUGAAAUGUUAUUUUGUUAUUGCAGAUUAAAUUAUACCUUUUUUAGCGCUGUGUUUCAGUAAGGUCAGAAACUUUGACGGAAAUGUUAAAGGGGGGACUAAAAAAAAAUCUAAAACAGGGUCUUCAUCCAGAUCACACUCCUCAUCACUCCGCCAGCAUCAGUAUGGGAAUCACCUAGCACCGCAGAUACCAAAUAACCCAAAAACCACAUUCAUCUGUCAUGAACGUUACUGUAUCUUUUUUUUACUUGAAGACUUUGUAGAGGUGACUGAGAGCCUGACUGAUGCAAUGACAACCGAUUCCCCCACCUGUGGUCUAAAACCAAGGAGCCGUUAACCGACUUAAUGUUGAAAUAUCAUAUACUUUUCUGGUUUCAGCAUCACUGGUGUGUGGGUCACCUGCUUUUAGCUUGUUAAGCUCUAAAAUGAUAAACAAAUCAUUGCGUAGUGAAUAAAUCAAAGAUGAAGAAUUAAAUGGGUGUAAAACGGUAAUAAGGUUUGAGGUACCUCAUGAACUUUCUUCUGAAUCAUGUCCUAAUUAAUUUUCAUACCAAGUCUAAAUAAAAGCAAAUAUUAAUGAAUAUUAUUUGAAAACAUAGUAUAUAUAAACCAAUAUUGAAACGUCGGUCAGGCUCUAGACUCUUCUGCCUUAGCUGCAGGGAGCAAUAAUUGUCAUGGCUGCUGGACUCUGUAAAAUCAGUUUUUGAAUUGCACGUCUACCUCCUGUACAGCACAGGUGUAAGUUAGUGUGUCUGCACGAAGGAUCGGAAGCAAGACUUGAGGCGAUAGGGAGGGAGGCUUAGGCAGAUAAUUGAAAAAUCGAUUCACAUGUUGGAAAGACUUGUAGGAAUGAGAGGGGAAGAGAAGGCUGAAGGAAAUGGGACGUUCAGGUGAUCGGUCUGCUUCAUUCAGCAUGGGGUUUGAUGAUAAUAUAUAAGUGUCGUGUGGUUCCAAGCCCACACCAUCCCUUAGAUGCUGUCAAAGGCAGAUGGUGCUACGCUCUGUGUAAUCUGAGCCUGUCCGUCAUUGGCUAAGCGUAGUGCUGACCCCAGAGUGGUGCACACUCUGGCAGUGUGGCUGGAUCCACUCCUGUAGCUCAUUACCCUUCACUAACCACAGUGACCUGAGGUGGAGGGAGCUACUCUACGUCGGCAGCUAACAGUGUAGUUUAGUGUUUCUAACGCAGGUCUGUGCAGUGAACAGCACAUGUAAAGAUGAAGCACACGUCUUCUAAGCAAGGAUGAAGCAGAGCGGAAGGGUUGACGUCUCUGUGGACACACAUACUUUAUAUUUAUGACUUUAUUGCUGAUGUAAAGGUCACAUGACCAGCCGGUCCGGCUCGCUAAGAUGUUACUUUGAAAAGUUUGCGAUGGUGUUUCUCAUACAUUUAUCAGCAUUAUGUAGCUUCUAUGGUCUCUGAACAUGCAACAGUUGAAAAAAGGCAGCAUUAUUCAAGGAGCAAUAAUCAGCUGCUAAAGCAAAAAGAUUUACAAUCGUGUGUAAAAUCUGAUGAUGAAAAUGUCCUGUUUCAUUCUGUUUUUGGAAAAAUGUACCAAAUUGCUGUUGUGCUGACUCUAAACAACGAUGUGACCACUGGGACAGUUGGUAAAUGUUGCAUUCAGACAUAGCCUUUUGAUGAAAACCCGUUUUCCUUGGAGAUCUGGUGUGGAUGUUCGUUCUGCUGUUUUUCGUAUUGUUUUCAUGGUGAGGUGACAGAGUUGCCUGGACCCUGAAGCUACACUUUACCAAAGCAGCAAAGCUGGAGGAGGGGAAACGAUGGCGGCAUCAACCCUGCGAGCCACACCCUGUUCACUGGGACACCCAGACAUAUCUGUCUUAAUUUGUCUCUGACAAACCUGACACUACAUUCAGUUGCUGUGUCAUGUUUACACCUUUUCUGUUCUUUUCCAUGAGACGGCUGAUGCUCGAUGCUCAAACUGAAUCUACAGAAAGGGCUCGAUAACAAACACUUGCGUGGUACAAUAAGGGAAUUUCAUAGAACCAAGUAACAAAUCUUACAUGUGUUAGAGGCUGUAGAAAGGUUUGAGUUCAUAUAUGAGGUUGUUUUGUGGCCGGUGCACUUUAGAGGCAUUUUUGUUGUUUUGUUUAAUCUGUAUUGCUGCAUAUUUUUAGCAACUAUCAGAAAAGUAAAGACAAAUCCCUUUAGAUGUACAACAUAGUCUGGACUCUAGUUUUGAAGAUUGCCUUUGGCGUUUAAUAACAGAUGAUUUUUUUUUUUAAAUAUACAUUGAUAGAAAAUUAAUUAUAGAACCAAUUUAUAUGACCAGAAACAUAUGAUUUAUGCACAAUUUGUUCCUGUCACACUGAUGUGGAUGAUGCAGGUAGAAAACAGGACUUGGGGACAGUCAUAACCAAAGAUGGUUGUAUCUGCUCUUUGCCCCUCGGUCAGCUCCCAGUGAACAGACCCUCACAACCAUGGGCACACAUCAGUGAGUGUAUAUGCAUAUCCAUGUCUGCUGGUGUGUACUGUAGUUGGCAUCAUUCUUAUCCAUCAGAGGUUGCUGUUUAAUUAUGUUCUAUAUACAAUAAUAUAUAAAUCCAUGUGCCAAAUCCCCUUCUUGUUCAGUCUGAUCCAUUCCAAACCCGCGUUUGUACUAUAAGUAACUUCUGUACAAGUCAGUAUGAAAUAUUGUUUCUCUCCAAUAGCCCCUUGUAACUGGUGCCAUUAAUUAAAAUCUAUUCAAACUUGAAAUAAACACUGAAUAAAGUGUGUUAA